CAUAACCACAAAAUCGAAACCAAAUUAACAAACCCUGGGGAGAUGAACUGUCUUCACACUCUUUUAUAGUCAACCGGUCAACCCUUAAACUCUCCGAUUAAAAUAAUCUUAAUCCAAUUUAAACAAUUUUUUGAACUUUAUUUUUGUUAUUCCUAAGUUUAAACCCACACUCUAUCCCGCUCACUUCACUCGCUUCCUUUUCUAGAGAUAAACACAAACCAACAGUUCCUCUUUUCCUGCUAAGCUCUAAGGGAUGUUUCUUUGAGCUUAGCAAGGAUCAAAUAUCAGGGUUUUACUUUUCUAGCUUCAUUUUAGUGCUUUGUGUUGUAAUUCUCCAAGAGUUGUAAAUAUGAGGAAAGAAAAUGUAGUUUCUGCUAAUGUUGGAGAACUUAAUUGUCGAAUCACACGUGCUCGAGCAGCUGCACUGCGUGCUUCUGGACAGUUGCUACCUCUAAAUGCACCUAAUCAACCAGAUCAGAAACGAGUUUUGCGAGCAAAUCCAAAAAGAACAGCCUUGGAUGAAAACAACACCAAUGCACCUUACAAUGCAGGUCUUCAGCGUAAGAAGAGAGCAGUGCUUCAGGAUGUCACAAAUGUUUGCUGUAAUAAUUCAUAUAGGAAGUGUUUUAAUGCAACAAAAAUCCAGGGUAAGAGCAGCAAGCAGGCUAGAAAAGGGCAUGCCAGUGCGUCCAAAGUGGUCCUAACUACAGCAGCAGAAGUCCAGGUUACUCAAGCCAAUUCGCAGAAAGAAGGCAUUCAAGAGACUGCAAAAGUAGAACCUGAAUCAGAAGAAGUCACAUGUUCGGUUAAUUUGAAAGGAGAUGCAACUCUUCAGUUAAAUAGCAUAACGGACGAUUGCAUACACUACCAUUGGCUUGCAAAUAAAAGUUGUGCAAUCCCUUCACAACCCGAAAGUUCAACAACAAAUGCGGGGAAGGUUAGCUUUUCUGGGACUUCAAUAACAUCUAGUGAUCCAGACUUUAUAGACAUUGAUUCAGAUAAGAAGGACCCUCAACUGUGCAGCCUCUAUGCCCCAGACAUUUAUAACAACUUGCGUGUUGUUGAGCUUGUUCGCAGGCCGUAUCCUAAUUUUAUGGAGACAAUACAGCGAGAUAUCACUCAAAGCAUGAGGGGAAUUUUAGUUGACUGGCUUGUGGAGGUAUCUGAAGAAUAUAAGUUGGUGCCUGACACACUAUACCUCACAGUGUGUCUAAUUGAUUGCUUUCUCUCUCAAAACUUCAUAGAAAGACAGAGACUUCAACUGCUUGGGAUCACUUGCAUGCUCAUAGCCUCCAAGUAUGAAGAAAUAUGUGCACCGCGUGUAGAGGAAUUUUGCUUCAUUACAGACAACACUUACAUUAGAGAGGAGGUGCUAAAAAUGGAGAGUCAAGUAUUGAAGUAUUUUGGUUUUCAAAUAUUUGCACCAACUGCAAAAACUUUUCUCAGGAGAUUUUUAAGAGCAGCACAAGCUUCAUACAUGAGCCCUAGCAUAGAACUGGAAUUCUUGGCAAAUUAUCUAGCAGAACUGACACUAAUUGACUAUGGUUUCUUAAAUUUCCCUCCUUCUAUCGUUGCUGCAUCAGCUGUGUUUCUUGCCAGAUGGACUUUGGAUCAGUCUUGUCACCCAUGGAAUCCAACUCUCAAACACCACACGGCAUACAAUGCAUCAGAUCUCAAAACUACAGUUCUUGCAUUGCAAGAUUUACAGUUGAACACCAAUGGUUGUCCUCUAAAUGCUAUACGCAUGAAAUAUAGACAACAAAGGUUCAAAUCUGUGGCAACCUUUUCUUCUCCGAAACUGCUUGAAACUCUAUUCUAAGAAGAGUGGCUACUUCCAGAUGACUUCAAGCGGCUGCUAACAGAUGACAUAAUUCUCGGGUGGAAGUUUCCUCUGAAUUUUUCCAUUUCAUGAGGUUGUACCUAAUCUCUAGUGUUCAUAUCCUAACCUCUUCAUUCAUGUUCCUAGUACUUAAUAUUCCUAAAUCUUGUCCAUAGACACUUACAACUCCAGGUUUUGGUUCUUCCAAAACUGUACCUUUGUAAGGUCACCAAGUUCAAAAUUUUAAAUAUCUAACUGUUGAUAUUGUUAUAUUGUUGAAUUUAAACAAGCAUAACACUAUGGUGGCUGAGAUUAAUUUGUUUAGUUGUAAUGUUUGUAAGAGAAGAAAAAUGUAACCGGCUAAAGCCUCAAUCGAAAGAGCUGAUUUUUCUUUGUAA